AUUCUAAGAUGUUUACAUGAAAACGCAUAUGAAGACGGACUUUCCCUGGAUUGCAUCUUCUAUGCUUUUUUCAAUACGUUCCUAAAACCUCGAGUUAAACCCUACGCUGUCAGAAUGGCUGCUCACAUCUCUUAUUGCAGUCAUUUAACCUCACGCACUAUCUUCCUUCCUCAUCAAAAUUCUCAACAAUGCAGACUGCAUGGAAAAAAUUCGGCCAAAGUUCUCAACAAAAGAGACGAAACCCCCCGAAACACGAUCAAUAAUUUCCAUUUUCUCCAAGCAAAUACUUCUGUAUACUCUACUAAACUGGGAAAUGCAAUAAUCCUGGAGAGAAAAUCAAAUAUAUAUAAUCUAGCCAAAGCAAUUUUAAGACCCAGAAGCCCUUUUAAGUAUGAACCAAAACGAGAAGAAGAAAAGGAAGAUUUGGAGUAUUAUAAUCCCAAAAUGGGGGACCUCGUUGUUGGGGUUGUGGUUUCCUGCAAUGAUAAUAAAUUCAAGAUCAAUAUAGGCUCCGAAAGCCUUGCUUCCAUGUAUUUGGGUGAGUUACUCCCUAUUAACCAAUCUGAGACCGCCCAAAUAUCCUGUGAAUUGCCCGCGAACAUAAAUGUAGAGGGAGCAUCUGAAUCAUCAUCUUCUUAUUCGUCUGCUGUUAAUGGUUAUUAUGACCGUUUUGCGAAUGGUAGAAUGGGUAUUCUGACGAACAAAAUUGCGGCAACAAAGUCUGUUAUUGAAGAGGGAACUCUAAUCUAUGCUGAAGUUCUUGGUCGUUCUUUUAAUGGCGAGACUCUGCUUUCGUCCAGGCUUUUUGCUAGAAAGAUUGCAUGGCAACGACUCAGGCAGAUAAAACAUAUAAACAAACCAAUUGAAAUCACCAUUUCUGAAUGGAACACUGGUGGCCUUGUCUCACGAAUUGAGGGGCUAAGAGGGUUUCUUCCCAAACGUGAAAUUCUGAAUACACCUCUUGAUAAUUUUUCAGUGUUAAAAGAAUAUGUUGGCACAAGGAUGGAAGUGGUUAUUAUUGACGUGAAUGAAGAAGUAGGUGUUCUAGUAGUUAGUGAAAAAAGCGCUUGGGAAAUGAGGAAUUUGUAUCAAGGCAGUUUACUGCAGGGAACAAUUAAAAGGCUAUAUCCAAAUGGGGCACGAGUCAUGGUUGAUGGAACAGACAAAAGUGGUUUCCUUCACAUUGGAAACAUGUCUCAUGGAAGAGUUUCAUCCGUGACUGAUUUGUUCUCAGUGGGAGAAAGGGUGAAAGUUAUGGUGGUUCGCUCCAAUAUACCAAAUAAGCUCUAUUUUAGUACGGCCAACUUGGAGAGUAAGAACGGAUUGAUUCUGUACAAUAAAGAGAGAGUUUUUGAAGAAGCAGAACAGAUGGCAGCUGCUUACAGAAGUAAAUUUGGUUUUAUGCAUGAAAUGGAGGCCAGUGUAGAUGAUCUAGACAUAUGUGACAAUACUUUUAAAUGCUAUGCAAAUUGGGACUGGUUUAAAAAUUAGAUCUGAGCUGGUUUUUCAUAUUUAUUUUUAACCUUUUGCCUAAUAGAGUAACGUGUACAGAGCUUGUAUGUUUGUUAAAUGUACCUUCUUAUGCUAGAGAAUCGUCAAAUGCCAUGGGUUAAUAGGGGUGUAUGCCAUUGACAUGCAUGAUUUUAAUUGCUUCUUACUUGUGCAUUUUGAGAACUAAGUAUAUUUGGCUUAUGGAAGUGUAUUUUGGGGUGGCAAGUUCUUCACAAUAGUUGCAAUGUGUCGUCUUGAAGGUAAUAGUUGAGUUACAUAGCUUAUGGAGGUGUUUACCAUUGAAACACAAUUUGAAAUGCUUCAUUUCAUGCCGUUGAAACUUAAAUGUAAUUGAUUUACAGAAAUGUGCAUUUGUUGUGGUAAUUUCUUUGGAAUACAUGCAAUGCCUCUUUUUGAGGGAAAUAGUAAAGCUGCAUAGCUCAGUAAUCAGAAGCAUCUGAUUUUGCUUCAUAGCUGAGUGUUGAAUUUUAAUCCUCAAUAGUCACGUGAUUGGCUGAUUAAAUUCUGUUUAUGAAUAGAACAACUAAUCUAUGCCAAGAAAGCUGUCUCUAAUAUUGAGGGCUAUCAGGCAUUUGUUGAAUGAUGAAAAUUAUAGUUCUUCUGAGGAAUGGUUUUGCUGUGUUGGAAGAAACUGGAAAUCAUUUAGUUAAUAAAUCAUUGUGAGGCAGGAGUGGAGUAGAACUUUAUGCAAAUUAAUAAAUGCUCGAGUACAAAUAUUGUGCAAAUCACUUUUUGAUAUCAUUCGCACGCCCUUAAGAAAAACAGGUUGGACUUAUUUUUCUUAUCUUUCAUAUAUACCCAUGAUUUUUUCUGUGUCUGGCUGAUAUGGGUUCAAUAACUUGAGUUCAUUUCAGCAUACAUGUUUAUGACUGAAUAAUCUGGUGGCCAGAAAAGUGUGAACUGCAUGAAAUUUCAAACCUCUAUAUGUUUUAGAUUUUUUGUGUUGGAGUACUUACGAUUAACAAACGCCAUAACAUAGUAGAACUGAAUGCAUAUCAAUAGGUUACCAUGGAAUGACUCCAGAGUCCAGAGUGAUUGGAAAUGGGUAUGCGCAUGAGUUGAUUCCAAUGGCAUCCACUUUAUAAUAUGAUUUUACAUAUGCCUACCAAAUAGCGUAAGAGAUAAGGAUUGUUCAAUUCACCAUUUACUCCCCUCUCGACGUUCUUUCAGUAAGAAGGGAGAACACGUUUACUUAGAUACGAACAUUUAUUGAAUCAACUCCUGUAAGCCAUUGUUAAUUUAAGUAAAACUUAUCCGACUAUCUUCAGAAAACUUCCAAAAGAUAAGUACGCUGUUUUUAAGACCAUUGUUGUUUAAAUCGUUAUUAAUUUAACUUCAAAGUAGUCUAUGUUUGGAGAAAUUGUAAAUUUUAUAUUAUUAUAGAAAAAUUGUUAAUAGUUUAAGAUGAGUUGUGUUUCUAUAUUGGGUUGCUAUGAAAAUCGCGUUGUGUGCUUCCUGGUAAUUCAUAAGGAGGCCAGCUCAGCUCCAUUACCCACCACAAGCAUUUGGAUGAAACUUUGAGGACUGCUUCGAUUCGAACUCUUGUUUUUUGGGACCUUGGUUAGAUUCCUUUUGGGUAGGUUCCACUCAACUAGAUAUUUUUAUAUUUGAGAGAUUUUUAAUUACGCAGGGAAAUUUCUAAUAUUCUAAUUUUUCUUCUCAAAGAUGUUAUUCCAGAAUUACCUGCAUGGUGUGUAUGUUGGUGAAUAUCACGAAGCAACGCGAAUGGCAUCCAUAAGGUACAACUGGAGAAGGCAUGGUGAUUUUAUUAAAAUACAUUGUGCAGUUACUAUAACUAUUUUGUUUUUUCAUGGUUAUGCUGCUGUUGUGGUUGUUUGCUGCUGCUCCAUUUGUACUCUCCUUGACAGUUUCUGGACUGUCAAAUUAAUGUAAUUUUUCCUUUCAUUAUUUCAAUGAAAAAAAAAAACUAUUCUGUUUUCUUC